AUGUCUGGGUAUAUACUAGCAGCAAUUGUGAACCAGCACAUAUCAUUAGUCCUUCCAUACAUAAGUGAUACAGGCGUCCAUUUCCCAGAGAGCAGUAUCUUCAGUUUAUUCCUUGAUGUCUCGGCAGCAUUUUUUUUACUAACAGCAUACGUCCGUUACCACCACGUCAGACAGUUCCAGGACAGAUUCCAAGAGAAUCGAUUAUGGCGUUUCCGUCGAGUGAACAUCGCUGGUAUGAUGUGCAGUCUGGUGGCAGCAGCCGGCCUGGUGGUCCUAUCCAACUUUCCGGAAGAUGAGAACCUCUUGAUCCAUCUCCUCGGAGCGUUCUUCUGUUUUACGUUUGGUGUGGCCUACAGUCUGCUUCAUACAUGGUUGUCAUUCCGUACUAGGCCCAAUCCGAGCCCUACCUGGAUAUGUGCAAUCAGACUACUACUAGCUUGUCUCGGAGUCAUCCAUACGUCACUCGUCAUUCUAUUUGGGACCAUUCUACGAUGGCACGCCAACGAAUGUAAUCCGCAACUGCAGUUCCGUCAAAUCAGCGCCCUCUUCGAGUGGCUGCUCGUCAUCAACUUUAACCUUUACACCCUGACCUUCGUCUACGAGUUCCGGCACAUCCAGAUGGCCACCAUCCUCCGACACUGGACUGGAGAAUCCUGGGAGUUCAUGGCGUUGCCGGCAGACGAGAGCCAAGUGACGACCGGGAGUGACGUUGUCAAGCAGAUGCUCGGGGACGAGGAUAACAACGAGCUGAGGUUCCCGUGUUUGCAUCAGGACGGGAGGGUCCACACCUUGUCAGUGAGCGAGACGUGCUCGGCGGAGGGCAACGCAUGUCCUGUGUAGAGGUCACAAUCAUCUUGCAGCUGGUGGCCUGAUCUUCCGCCCAAACGUAUCAAAUAUAAAUAGGUAUUUUUAAAACCAUUUUUAACACAAAAGGAAAUCUCUGUGCAUCAUCAACAUUCGGCAAAGACUUGCACCAAAUGGUCGCCUCAGUCGCUGCCAUCGCCUGUUCUCUUUCAGCCUCUGCUCUUCUCAGCUCUCCUACGGUUCUACCACUCCACUUUGUCACAUUGUCUAUCCAGCGCAGCUUGGGGCGGCCUCUGCCGCGAAUUGUACCUGUAGGCAGACCAUCUAUACCUGCACCUGGGAUGAGCGCACCACUUCGCCUUCCGCUCUUACACCUCGUCACUCGUGAGACACCACCAUCUACCGAUCAGCUCAGCCAGUAUUUCAUUCGUGAUGAAGUCUGACCGCUUUAUGCCCAUAAGAGAAAUGA